GUAAAGGGGAGAGAGUUGGACAGAACCACAUGUUUGUUGUUGUGGUGCAAAUGCUGGAUUAACUGCAAAGCUUUCCUCCUCAACAUACAUUUUAUGGACUUCUAGAGGUGAAAUGAGGAAUCUGAAGCUGCUGAAGAGCCUUCAGAGCUCAGAGCUGCAGGGUGUCGGCUCCCCGCAGUGUUUCUCUGUGAGGUCCGACACCGGCUCACUGCUCAUCGCCUCUCAGUUCUCAGUCGUAGAAUAUAACCCUCAAUCUGGCGAGGUUGUCAGCGAAGCUUCGUUAACGGCAGACGGUUACCUUCCAGAAGACGGCAGCGGGUUGGUGGUGGGACUGCAGGACCUCGCUGAGCUUCAGUCUGCAUGUUUGGCCACAGCAGGCGGUGAUGUGGUUCUCUUCAACCUCAACACCAGCCAGUUGGAGUGUGUUGGCAGUGUGGACAGUGGUCUGACAUCUAUGAGCUGGAGUCCUGAUGAAGAGCUCGUCAUCCUGACCACUGGACAGGAAACUGUUAUUAUGAUGACCAAAGAGUUUGAGCCUGUUACUGAGGUUGGGAUCCACCAGGAGGAUUUUGGGGAAGGGAAAUUCAUCACAGUGGGUUGGGGGAAGAAGGAGACCCAGUUUCACGGCUCAGAGGGGAAACAGGCAGCGCAGAGGAAGAUCCAGGAUGUUCAGCCAGCCGUCGCCUGGGACGACCGCAAACCCAGAGUAACGUGGCGGGGAGACGGUCAGCUGUUUGCCGUCAGCGCCAUCUGUCCCCAGACUGGAGCGAGGAAGGUCCGAGUCUGGAACAGAGAGGGCGUUCUGCAGGCCACCAGUGAGCCCAUCAACGGCCUGGAGCAGGCACUCUGCUGGAAACCUUCCGGUAGCCUGAUUGCCAGCUCUCAGCGCCAUCCUAACAAACACAGCGUGGUGUUCAUGGAGAAGAACGGCCUGCUGCACGGAGACUUCACUCUGCCGUUCACUAAAGACCAGGUUAAGGUAAAGGAGCUCCUGUGGAACAUCGACUCCUCUGUUUUGGCUGUUUGGUUGGAGGACUUGGCUGCUGGAGGGGAUGGAAAGCUCAGGAGUUACAUCCAGCUGUGGACGGUGAAAAACUACCACUGGUACCUGAAACAGAGUCUCGACUUUGACAGAGACCCUCUGAAAGCUCCGGUUUGCAUCUGCUGGGACCCUGAACAUCCCCUACGGCUGCAUGUCGUGACCCACAAUUGGACGAGCUUCACUUACGACUGGGGGUGGACGACAGAGCGAAGCCCUGGACUGGACGUCACGGACGACGCCGGCGUGGCUGUGAUUGAUGGAGAUAAACUCCUGGUGACAACCUUCAGGCAGUCUGUGGUUCCUCCUCCCAUGUGUUCCUUCGAGCUACGGUUGAAGUCGCCAGUCAACCAGGUGACCUUCCUUUGUGAGGCGACAAGGACCAAUAAGAUAGCAGCUUUCACCUCCGAUGGACAGAUCUCCAUAUUUGGAAAAGAUGCAGUUUCAAAAGAAGGUUUGGACAGAACUCCAGACGGCUUCAGAGUUUUGUCCGCUCCUGUUAUCCUCCAGAAAACCUUCAGAGUGACGGCCCCUCAGGACGACCCUCUUGCCGUGCGGCAGCUGCUGUGGCUGCAGGAUGAGCUGUUCUUCGCUGUAACCUCCGGGGUUCUGCCCAACACGUCCAGCCUGAUGAUGCUUCAUCCUGUUCCGGAUGCUGCGGACUCGCUGGCUGUGAGGUCUCAGAUUGAGGUUGAAGGUGUUGUGAUCAGUGUGGUCUACUCCUCCCAGACCAGAACAAUGGCUCUGCAGCUGGAGGACGGACAAAUAAAGAAGCUCCUCUGGGAUUGUCCUGAGCUGUCGGUGGAAGACUGGUUGGACUCCAGCGGCUGCAUCAUCAACUUUCCUGUUCCCUGCAUCCAGACGGCUCUCUGCUGCAUCGGUGGAACGGAACACCUGCUGGGCCUCACAGAGAGAUCCCACCUGUACGCUGGAGACACAGAGCUUGCAUCCAAUGUUAGCUCCUUUGCUGUUUGCGAUGACUUCCUGCUCAUCACCACCCACUCUCACAUCUGCCGCUGCCUCCAGCUGAGCACACUCACACUCAGAGGUCUGCAGGUGGCUCUGUCCUCUGAUGGCGGUCAGAACGAUGAGACGCUCCGUCGAGUGGAGAGGGGAUCCAGGAUCGUCACCGUGGUUCCUCAGGACACCAGAGUGAUUCUACAGAUGCCUCGGGGAAAUCUGGAGACGGUGCACCACAGAGCGCUGGUUCUGGCUCAAUUAAGGAAGUGGUUGGACGGCUUGAGAUUCAGAGAGGCCUUUGAGUGUAUGAGGAAAUUACGGAUCAACCUGAACCUGAUUUAUGAUCACAACCCAAAGGUUUUCCUGGAAAACAUCCAGACCUUCAUCACACAGCUUAACUCCAUUAAUCACAUCAACCUCUUCCUCACUGAGUUAAAAGAGGAGGAUACGACCUGCACCAUGUAUCCGCGCCCUGAGGGCAGCCCAUCGCAGACUCAGCCAGCCUCCGGCCAGAAGAAGGUUGAUGUUGUUUGUGAUGCUUUACGGACGGCAAUGGAAUCUAUGGAUCCAAACAAGUUCUGUCUGUCCAUACUGACGGCUCACGUGAAGAAGACGGUUCCAGAGCUCGAGAUCGCUCUGCAGAAAGUGCAUGAGCUGCGGGAAAACCCUCCUGAAACUGCGGGAGCUGUAAGCGCCGAAGAGGCUCUGAAAUACCUCCUCUUCCUCGUCAAUGUCAACGAUCUAUACGAACACUCACUUGGGACCUACGAUUUCGACCUUGUUCUCAUGGUAGCUGAAAAAUCCCAGAAGGAUCCGAAGGAAUAUCUUCCUUUCCUGAACAUGCUGAAGACUCUGGAGCCAAACUACCAACGCUACACCAUCGACAAACACCUCAAACGCUACAGAAAGGCCUUGGUGCAUCUCAGCAAGUCUGGAGAGGAACAUUUCAUUGAAGUUCUGCAGCUAGUUAAGGAGCAGAAACUCUUCAGUGAAGCGUUGAGGCUCUAUGCAGCAGAUAGUUCUCAGUAUAAGCAUCUGAGCUGCGCAUAUGCUGAGCACCUGGUGGAGCAGCAGCAGGCCGAGCAGGCCGGCUUGUUGCUGUGGCGAUGUGGCGAGCCAGCCAGGGCGCUGCAGGCUUUCACCAGCUGCUCCAGUUGGAGGAACGCCAUUUGUGUGGCCCAACAGAUACCGCUACCGCCGGACCAGCUAGCCCUACUGGCCAGAGACUUGGCAGAGAAGCUGACCGAGCAGAGGCGGUACUCAGAGGCAGCUCUGCUUUUGGACCAGUACGCCAAAGACUGCGAAGAAGCCAUCUUGGCUCUAAUCACUGGUGCAGUCUGGGAGGAGGCACUCAGACUGAUUUACAUGCACAACAGACAGGAUAUCACUGAAACCAACCUGAAACCUGCUCUGUUGGAAGCUGUGAACACCCAAAAAGGGUUCCUGGAGACUCAGGUCGCAACAUUCAUCCGACACCGGAGCCGUUUGGCGGUGGUUCGAGAGCAGAAAGAAAAGGUCAGACUGGAUAUGCUUGAUGAAGAAGGUCCAGAUUGUGGGGAUGCUGAGCUUUACUCUGAAGCUAGCAGUGUGAUGAGCGGUUCUAAAUACUCACAGAGUAACUCACGGAUAUCCUCACGAUCAUCAAAAAACCGACGGAAAGCAGAGAGAAAAAAGCUGAGUCUGAAAGAAGGAAGUCCGAUGGAGGACAGAGCCUUGAUGCACGCCAUGAGUGAAAUCAUCACUGCUGUGGACAAGAUGAGAGAGGAGAUCCACGGCCUCCUUAAGGCCUUGGUUCUGUUCCAGUUUGAUAAACAGGCUGAGAAGCUGCAGCUGGCCUAUGAAGAUGCCCUGCAGAUGAUGGAGGGAGCCGUUCCUGAGGUGUGGCCUGAAGGCCUGAUGAGCACCAGCGCUCCGGUAACGGGUCCAAACUCCACAGCAAACAGCAUCAUGGCUUCUUUUCAGCAGCAGCAGCAAAAACCUGCAGCUUUACAGCAAGAUCCUGAGAUCCCAACAGCGCCGAAGAUGAGAAAUGUCAAGUGGAAGCUCACUAUUCUAAAAUAAACAAAAAACUAAGUAGUAUUGUUGGAAUUGUUUUUUUUUUAAUCUGUAAUGUAAAAUUUCAGUUGUAUAAUAAAGUUUCAUUUAAUAUC